CAAAAAGGUCUAACCAGUAGUUUCCUUGCAGUUUACUUUGACCUUGCAAAGAAGAAGAGCAAGAAGAGGAGCUUAGACAAUCCAUUUCUCACUUUUUCUUUUUUUUUAUUCCAGCUUAUAAUUGCUCUCAUAAUUUUCUAUGCUCAACUGAAAAGUCCUGUAAGAAAACCACCUGUUCAUCUUCAAGCUUGCUUUUUGUGGGGGGAGGUGUGGUAUGGUGAGCGGCAGAGAGCUAAUUUUGAGAGUGAAAAAUCAAGAAUAAUAAGAGGAUUUACUUUAGAUCUCGGGUCACGAGACUUGUGGUGUGAUAUUGCAGUUCAUUUCAUAUAGCACUUGAUUUCUAACUUGUUUAUUCUUAAUCCUUGCAUACUGAAAACUAAAAAAUAAAAAUCUUGAUGUUGCUCUGGAUUUUUGGGCUUGUUUUCUUGGGCUAUAAGAGUAUUUGAGUUUUUGGAGGGUUUUUUAAUACUGUAAUGGGGAUUUGCUUGAGCAACCAAGUCAAGGCUGAGAGAUCUUUUCAUAUUGGUGGUAUUUCUUCUAAAAAUGCCUGUGGAAAUGGGAACGGGCUAAGUAAUCCAAGCAGCAAGGCUUCAUCUGCUUCUGUACUCUCGACUCCUAAGAGUGAGGAGUAUUUGAGUUUUCAGAAGUACUGUAAUGGGAUUUGCUUGAGCAAUAAAAUCAAGGCUGAGAGCCCUUUCCACACUGGUGUUGUUUCUUCUAAAUAUGUCGGUGGAAAUGGAACUGAGCUAAGUAAUCCAAGCAGCAAGGCCUCAUCCACUUUUAUAUCCCCAUUUCCUCGGAGUGAGGGUGUUAUUUCGUCUAAAAAUGUCAGUGGAAAUGGGACGGAGCUAAGUAAUCCAAGCAGCAGGGCCUCAUCUGCUUCUAUACCCUCGAUUACUUGGAGUGAGGGUGUUAUUUCUUCUAAAUAUGUCCGUGAAAAAAGGAGCAGAAAUUCAAUCUGAAGGCAGCCACAAGAAGCUUUCACCCAGACAAUAUAUUAGGAGAAGUUGGUUUUUAUUUCAAGGGAUGGUUGAUGAACACUCGCAGCGUUGAAGCCUAGGGUAGGGAUGGUGAUAGGUGUUAAGAUGCUAAACCCAAACGGGUCAUAGGGUCACAAAGAAUGGUUGGUAUGUACAAUUUUCGUAUUAAAAUUCCCUACUUUAUAAAGAAGCAAGUCAGUUCUGUAAUUAGAAAUGCAUCUAUGCACAGUUGAAAACACCAAUGUACUUGGAAAUUUGUUAAGCAUAUUUGUUGUUUAAUUUUA